AUGAAAGAUUUGAAAGACCUUUCGGCACUUCAGUUGAACACUCGCAACGCGGUUAAAGGCGGCAGCAGCAGCAGUAGCAAACGCACCAAAUGGAACGUGCCCAUCACUGACUUCGCUCGGCUCACCCACAAUCCGAUCCGAGCCAUUGUCGAAGGUUUGAAGAUCGCACCGAAUCCGGACAAACCACUGAUUGCGCUCUCGAUCGGUAGUGCCCGUGUCGAAUUCCUGAAAAAGGUGAAUCCCACAACCUUCGGUAACCUCAAGCCAGCACCGGAGGUCAUCGACGCCCUACGCAGCGUGGCUCGCCAAGCCGUCGCCGAUUACGUAUCGCACCAGGGCGAUGUCACGGCCAACGAUGUCAUUCUGUGCAGUGGUGCCAGCUGUGCGCUGGACCUGUGCCUCUCGGUGCUAGCCGGGCCGGGCCAGAACAUAUUGAUCCCCAGGCCGGGUUUCUCCAUCUACCGUACCCUGGCCGAGGGCUUCGGAGUCGAAUGCCGCUACUACGACUUUGAUGCCGGACAGGAACUGGAAGUUGACUUG